AUGCAGCAACACAAUACGCAACAAUUUCAAGGUGCUAUUCGAUUGCAGAAUGAAAUUUCAGAAAUGGAUGAAGAAGAACAGUGGAGAAUCGAGCAUGCGAAAUUGCACGAAAAACAUCGAGGACAUGAACAAAUGCAUAUGGAAAUCUUUUUGAUACUGAUAGUAACAUUGGUUGUAGCCCAAAUUGCAUUGGUACAAUGGAAAAAAAGGCACUUCAAAUCGUAUCAGCUAUGCACACUACUGGGCAUGUGGUUAAUUCCUGUAUUCAUAUGUGUUCAGCGAUACUGGUGGAGAUUUUUGGUAACAUGGAUUGUAUAUUCCGUACUGUCAACUGUGAUUUGGUACAGGGCUACUCGUCCACAAAUAUCAGGCAAAACACCAAGGCUGGUUUAUAAAUGGUUCCUAUUUUUGCAUAAAUUGAGUUAUGUUCUUGGAAUAGCAGGAUAUAUUUUUAUCAUGUUCACAUUAUUGGGCUUGAAUCAUAUAUUCGCUAUAAAAGCACAAAUUCUAAUGGACUCUGGUUUGCUGCUUUUGUUUUAUGGCUUAUAUUAUGGAGUACUCGGUCGUGAUUUUGCGCAUAUAUGUACGGAUCGUAUUGCAUCCAAAAUUGGGUAUUAUACAGAAGAAGGUUUACCGAAGAAAAUCCUUGAAGCAGAUGUUUGCGCUGUAUGCGGGAAUCAUCUUGAAAUAGACGAUACGGAAACUGACUAUGAAUCGACAUAUCGCUUGUCAUGUGGACAUUUGUUUCAUGAAUUUUGCAUCCGCGGUUGGUGUGUUAUUGGUAAACAACAGACAUGCCCCUAUUGCAAGGAAAAAGUCGAUCUUAAAAGGAUGUUUAAGCAUCCAUGGCAGAAGCCUCAUCUGUUCUAUGGGCAACUGUUAGAUUGGAUUCGAUAUUUGGUUGCAUGGCAACCAUUAAUUGUCACUUUUGUAAAGGGAAUUAAUACUUAUUUUGGUCUAGAAUGA